CACCUUCCUGUUUCCCAGUAGGCAUGGCUGCAUUCCUGAAUCUCUGCUCAGCCUGUCUGUCAGGCAGGUAUGAAACCCGAAUCUCUGCCUCUUCCUCCUCCUCCUCUUCUCUGUAGCACAGGUAUUAGUCUACUCCUUAGUCUCCGUCCCCUCCUCUGUUUCACGUCUGUUCCUUGUUUCCCCUGGUCCUGCCCACCUCCUGUACCCAGAAGUCUGGCCCUCCUCUCUAUCCUUUCCUUUGGCAUGGAGCUGGCACUGCCCAUUUCCUGUUACCUGCUGUGGAUCAUUAAUUUCGGUGUGAGGAGCCAGUCCUUAUUACACAGCUCUUUAGGAAUAUUCCAUAACGGGUCGUGGACAGAGAGUAAAGACACAUGCAGUGGUGUUGUUCUACUGUUCAGCAAUGACAACUUCAGCCUGGCAUGCGAUGACCAAUGGAAUGUGGACUCGCCGCUGGCGCAGGUUGUGUGCGUGGAAUCAGGUUGUGGCACUCCAAAUGCCACGUGGAACUUGCAGUCGCCUCCUGACCCCGAUAUUGAGGCCAUACAGGGGGUUCAGUGUUCAGGAGAUGAACCCAAUGUGAGUCGAUGCGGGGCACCUGGACGGACCGUGCAGACAUGUGCUACAGAGAAGAUAGCGGCUCUGACCUGUAACCGAAAUGGGAUGGACAGUCCAGGUACAGAUAUCCCACAGAAUGGUAUGGCUACUACUGGAACAUAUAUCACUCAGAAUGGUGCCAGCACCUCUGGAACAAAUAUCACUCAGAAUGGUGCCAGCACUCCUGGAACAUAUAUCACACAGAAAGGCUCAACCAAUCCUGGAACAUAUAUCACACAGAUAGGCAUGGGCACUCCUGGAAUAUAUAUGACACAGAAUGGCACAGAUAUUGCAGACAAUCAAACCUUGCGCUUGAGCGGAGGGCGAACCUCUUGUGAUGGACACAUGGAGGUAUUAAAGGAAAGUGUGUGGAGACCCCUGUGUUACAGUGGAGUCAGGGAGAAUAAUGCUCCAGCACUGUGCCAGCAGGUGGGGUGUGUGCCCCAACAACCUGCUUUCACAGCACUAAGCAAGGGAAGGCGAAAGCUCCCAUCUGUGGCAUUUCAGUGCCAAGGGAAUGAGACUUAUUUCUGGGAGUGUGACUCAAGACUGGUCAACAUAUGUACGGCCGAUCUAACGACUUACCUUCAGUGUGACCAGGCCAGGAUGCAGGAGUCGUGGAUGGUCUGGCUUGCCAUCUUCAUUGCAGUUCUGAUGAUUACAUUCUUCUGCUGGAAUAAGAUAUGCAAGACCUGUAAAUGCUGCAGGGACUGCUAUGAGCGCAGGCACUUCUCUGCUUCAGGCAUGCAGCGCUUUGGAAGGAAGUCCACCCGCAGAAGUAUAUAUCGAAGGGAAUCCCCGGGUAUCACCGUCCAGGAGACACACAGCCCACCUUCCUCCCCUGCAGUCCUAGAGAACCCCAGUGAAGUAAACGCCUUGUUGGCUCCCCAUGGAUUCCGGUUGAACAAUACCAUCACCCCACCUCCUAGUUACAUGCACGCCCUGAAAAUCCUCUCUCGGCCGCUAGAGAACACACAGACUCCACCGCCCAGCUACCUGGAGGCCCUGAAGAUCCUCUCCCGCCCAGUUAUUGUCCAUGUUCAUGCGGCAGAGAAUGCGGAGGAGAAAGAGGAUCUGACUGCCCCCUCUGAUCAGGCCAAGGAGGAUACGAACUGAAAAUGAGCCUUAAUGAUCACUGGAAUAAACACAAUGGCAAUAAUUCUAUAUCUGAUCUGACUGUCCAAAGCAAACCAAGAAGACAGACUCAAUAUACCUGUAAUUAUUCUGUUCAUCAGCAAGGCCACAUGCUUGAUGUAUUUGAUUAUUUUCUUUUCAUUCCAUAGUAACUGCAUUGGUAUUCCAUGGCUGGGAAAAUCAUAUCACUUUUAUUUAACCUGUGCACCCCUACACUAUAGAAUGGUCUUGUAUGAGAUCCAGUAUUCUUUUCUUUUUUGUCUCUGCAUGCCAAAAAUGAGACUGAUCAUAGAGAUCCUGAUUUUUUGGGAAAUUUACACGGUUUGAUAUAACAAGAGAGUUUUUUUCGGCUGACACAUGUGCCUUGCCUCGUAAGAAAUAAUUGGUUAUAGCUGUGAUGUAUUUUGCUGGGAUUGAUGGGGCUCAUUCAUGAAUAUUUACAGAAUGCUGGUUGACAUUUUUUAAGGACUCCAUACUAUUCAAUCCCCAUGAUUUCACAGCUCUUGCAGCUCCCUGUUCUCUCUGUAGAUACAUGGGGCCUUGCUAUAUAUAUGGUGCUAUAGCAUUGGGUGGCAUUGUCUGGCUUGAUCCUUAUUAGUGAUGGGUGAAUUUAUUCGGCAGGCGCGAAUUCGCUGUGAAUUCCCGCGAUAAAUUCACGAAAAUUCGCUGGUGUAAAAAAAAUUGACGCUGGCGUCUGUUUUUUUGGAUGCCAGCACAUUUUUGCCAGCGAAUUUGCGCCGACGUCAAAAACGAGACGUUUCGCAAAUUUUUCCACCAUUUUGCGAAUUUUUUCAGCGAAACGCCCCAAAUUCGCCCAUCACUAAUCCUUAUGUAUUGCUCUUUGUGGGGAUUCAGUACCUUGUGGGAAAGUUCUAUACUAGUUCCCAUUUGGCCAUAGAGAAGUCAUAAAUCGGCAGCCAUAUAAUUGAUAAUGUCCUUACUCUGGGCCAUGAUAAAAUCCAAGGGCGUUGUAAUAAAUGUAUGUAUGUAUGACUUUAAAUCAAAUAUGGGAUCCCAAGCCAGCACCUAUUCCCCAGAUGAAUGUAGUACUUGUUCUCAAAGAGAAUGAACAUUUGUCAUUCCUGCACUUACAACAGGCACGGACCAACCGACAACCCUAAAUAUGCACCAGCAUUAGUUAAAUACUAGGAUAGCCAGUGUUGCCUUUUGUGACUCAGGCUUCCAAUUUUAAUGGUUAUUUCUGUGUCAGAAUGACUAUAUGUAACUGAUAAUUAAUGUGCUCAGCCUGCUUUUUACUGGACACUCCAUGGCGGGUGCUUGUUACUUAGGGGUCCGUUUAUUAAACCUCUACAUUUUUCCGAUCAAGUUUUUAAAGGGGAAAGCUUGAAUUUUUAGAGGAAAAAAAACUUGAAUUUUUAAAGAUUUAUUAUACCCUAAAGCUGCUCAAAACCAGAAUCCGAAAAUCAAACCUGUCGAGGUCCCGUAGAAGUCACUGGCAGAUGUCCCAUGAAGUUAUUUCUUGACAUCAUGAUAUGCGCUGGUUUUCGUCCGAUGAAUGAGUUUUCAAUGCGACAGUUCAACGAAGUCGAGUUUUCGGAGCGUCAGUCGUCCGAUUUGAACCGACGCAACGUUUUUCCGCUCCAACUUUUUCAAGAAGAAUUAUUGAUAAAUGAGUUAAAUUUGUGGAUGAGAGUUAGGUCAACUUUGUUUUAAUAAAAAAAAUUAGAUACCUCGAGUUUUUGUAAAUAACCCCCUUAAAUUUACAGGGGAGGGAGUUGGGAUUCAAAUGAAAUUUCCAUCUUGAUAAAUUAUUUUUCCUUGUUCUUUGCACAGUGUGUGUAGCCAAGAGCAUUUAUGGCUGUUUGCUUAUAAUGCUGGACCUUAUUAUGACACUGUGGUUUUGUACCAAUAAAUCUUUUUAUAUUGCUGCUAA